GACAAGGUCCAGGAGCCGUCGUGCGUUGACUAUGGUCGUUGCCGACGGGGACAGGCGGACAGCCAUCGACCAAGAUUAAUCGAGAGGGAAGGAGGCGAGGAGAAGGCGACGGAGAACGGUGAUCUGCCCCCUUCCCCCUUCUUCUCCCGGCGAUUAAAAAGGCUAUGGAUGACAGGAAUGCAGAGGGCGAAUUGUCUUCCCUCGACUCUCAACUCAACCACAAAAAAGCCGUGUGGAAGCAUGAAUUUGAGCGCCACCAGUCUCAUGUUGAAAAACUGGAAGAGAAGCUAAUGGAGUUAAAGGUUACCAUGAAGUGCACAGAAGGUGACUCCCUGGAGCUGAAGCUUCUCCGGCAUAGGGUCAAAACUACUGCUGCAUUGCUCGCCUACCUGAAAUCGAAAGCAAGAAUCAUGGCAUCUCCAAAUUUAGCUAGUAAGUCAUUUGGAAUUGAGAACAAGGAGGGUAUAGGGCUUGCAGACAAGCAUGGCAUUCCAUUGUCUGAAUGGUCAAAAGAGGUCAAUUAUCCUUCCCUCAGAAAUCCAGACAUGGAAUCCAAACAAGAUAGUGAUCUUAAGCUUGGAUCUUUUGUGGCUAAUGAUGGUAAAUACAUUGAUGAAAUACUCAAGUCGACUCAUAUUGUAACAGAUGCUAUGGAAUCGCUUGUCAUGCGAGCCAUCAAGGCGGAAAGUGAAGCGGCUAAUGAGAGAGUAAAAGUGAAGUUAGGUUUAGAAGAAAACGAAAGAAAGACACUUCAAGUCCUAAGCAUGACUGUAAGGGUUGAAGAAAUGGAAAAGUUUGCACUGAGUACAAAUGCACUUUUGAAUGAAAUGAGGCAGAAGGUUGAAGACAUGGUCGAAGAGUCAUCGAGACAGAGACAACGGGCCACAGAGAAUGAGCAGGAGCUUUGUCGCGUAAAGCAGGACUUUGAUUCUCUGCGCUCGUUUGUCGGCAAUAUCAUCAGCAUCAGUGAAUCUCUUCUUUCGUCAGAGAGUCAAUUUCAGACUAUUCAAAAACUUCUAGACAGGUUAGUCACUGAGACUGCUCACCUUGAGGAUGAGAAGGCGCAAAAGGAGGCUGAAGUUCAGAAGCUCAUGGAGGAAAAUGUGAGGCUAAGGGCUUUGUUGGACAACAAAGAGUCACAAUUGCUUGCGAUGAAUGAACAAUACAAGUGGAUGCUCCUUAACAACCCUGGCAUUUAGUUCCCUGGCAUGCAACUAACAACUGUGUUUCUGUAUCUGCUUUGGUGAUUAAGAUGAUUUUGUGGUUUGAGUUUGAUUGAACUUAAAACUCAGUCACGUAGCCUCAAAGAGAAUUACUGCUGUUAUUCUGGCUGUGAUGUGUAGUUCUAAGUUUUGCUCUUGAUUAUGUAAACCCAAAUGAUAACAUUCAGAUAAUAAACAUCAAACAAUUGUUUUAUUUUUUUU